GUUUUACGAAAAGCAGCUAUAACAAACAAUGUCGCUGGCCGAUGCUUUUACAAAACUUCGUACUAUCUACAAAUUACGUCAACAUGAUAGUACUGAAUACCUUUCAAAUAAUUGGUUCAUCAUAGCGGCAGUGGUGAUUAGUACUUUGAACCAUCCUGAAGAUAUCCAACAACUAUAUGCAUUGAUUAAUCUAGAUAUCGAUACUAUGGAAACUCUGUCUUCUGAUGAAAAGCUCAAUUUGAAAACCAAGGUGGUGGCGAAACUAAGGGAUGCUAUACUCAAAGGUUUUAUUGCAGGAGGUUUUCCAAAGACAAUCAAUGGACUUCAACAGCUACACAAAGCAACCCCAGAAGCUAUCUUAGACCGACUACCCAAGCAACCUAUAAGACAAGAAGAUACAUGGGAAAAAGUGACAGCACAAAGACAACGUGGAAAGAAACUUUUUGAUACAAUUUAUGACCGACAUACCGACCGUGUUAUGAACAUGAUGGCCACCAGUUACCCCGAUCUUGCACAAACGGCUCAUUAUCAUCUCUAUGGUUCUGUUUUAUCCGACACUACGACUGUUUCAGCAAAGGAAACAAGUUUGAUUGUUGUGGCCGGUUGUUUUGCUCAAAAUUUACCUUCUCAACUUCGAGGUCAUGCUUAUGGUGCUGUACACAAUGGUGCCUCUCAACAAGAUCUUCAACAAGUCUAUGAGUCAGUCGUUGUCCUUUGCCGCCAUUAUGGAACACCUGUACCCUUGAUACCUCCUCCAAUCGAAAGCAAAUUAUAGAAUAGUAUAUAUAGAAUUAGUUUGUAUAUUAUUGAUAGUUUUAUUUAAAAUCUUUAAGUAAACCAUCUUUACACAUGAUUGAUCUUAUCAUCAAUAGGAUUCUUUUUAUUAUUAUUAUUAUUAUUAUUGUUAUGAAUCAAAUUAUCAUUCAAUCUCUUCACAAUAGUAAAGGGCUUAGUAUUUAUUAUCAAAAAAA